CACGGUUCACCGCUAGGUGUAAAAAAUUCAUAUGAUAGAAGAACGAAUGUAAACAAACGUUUAUUUUUGUAUAAUACAUGAAAAAACACCAAAUAAAUAAAUAUAAAUAAUUUCUAAUCUUCUAUAAAUAAAAUGGAUUUACCAGGACCGAGUAAUACAAAUUCAGACAAUGAGUUAUGUCAAUUAUGCAAUUCUCGAACUAAAAAAUAUACUUGUCCGCGAUGUUCCAUCCCUUAUUGUUCAGUAGAAUGCUACAAAGCAUCUUCACAUUUAAAUUGUUCAGAAGAAUUUUUUCAAGAAUGCGUCACUUCUGAAAUGAAAGUUCGCUCCAAAGAUCCUGAUGAUAGAAAAAAGAUGAUUGACAUAUUAAAACGUUUUCAUGAACAAUCAAAAGAUUUUCAAGAUCUCUAUGGUAAUUAUGAAGAUAUGUUAAAUUUAGAUGAAUCAGACGCUUCAGAAAUAUCCGGUGACUCUGAUGAUGAUAAUGAGGUUCCUGACUUAUCCGAAAGAAUAAAAAAUAUAGAUAUCAAUAACGUAGAUGAUCUUUGGGGAAUUUUAACGGACGCCGAAAAACAAGAGUUUAAAGCAUCUGUACUCAACGGAGAUGUAGAAAAAUUAUUGCCGCAGUGGGUUCCAUGGUGGAAUCAAGUAGUUGAAAAAAAAUUAGUGAAAGAAAUUGAUGAAGAAGAAAAACCUGCUUCAUAUGAAAAAAAUUGUCCUCCGAUUGUGCAUAUUUCCCCGUUCAGUGCAUUAGAGAAAGCUUCCCCUUUGAUUGCAUACAAUCUUCUUAAUAUAUUGUAUGCUUAUAUAUUGACGGUUUUGCAUAAUAAUGGAGAACAUAAAUCUUCUCCUAAAGAAGCUGCUGAGUUAUUCCUUCAAUUGAAUGAUGUCAUUGGAAGUAAUAAAAAUUUUGAAAAUAGUCAUUCAGCUACUAAAUCAGUAGCUGAAAAAGCUAUAGAAUACGAAAUUUUAUCAAAUAGAGAUGAAGCAGAAGAAUUGAAAAACGUUUUAAAAAAAAUUAUUGAAGGACCUGAACCAAAUAAACAAACCUAUUACUUAAGUGCAGCCUUAUCAGAUUUACAUGCAUUAUUCAGCGAACUUAAUGAUAAGAUCUGUAAUAUGAGUCAACAAAAGAAAACUACUCCGUUUCCAAAGCGAUUCAAAAACAAUUUAGAUAAAAAAUUUCUAAAUAUAGACAAAAAAAAUAUAAAACUUUAUAUUAAAAAAUUAGAAUAUUACUUAGCAUGGAUUGAUAAAUACGGGACACGGUUGGUCGAUGUGAAAAUAAAUGAAUGAAGAAAAAUUAACUGCAAAAUAAAUAUAAUGUAUGUAAAUAAAAAGAAAACAACUAAAAAUCAUCAAUAAAUAAUAUAAUUGUGAUUAUA